AUGGGAGACGCCGGCAGCGAGCGCAGCAAGGCGCCCAGCCUGCCACCGCGCUGCCCCUGCGGCUUCUGGGGGUCCAGCAAGACUAUGAAUCUCUGUUCCAAAUGCUUUGCUGAUUUCCAGAAGAAGCAGCCAGAUGAUGACUCUACUCCCAGCACAAGCAACAACCAGUCAGAUCUGUUCUCUGGAGAAACAAAUAGUGACAACAGCAAUACCUCUCUAACCACGCAGGCCGCUAACUCCAACCAGCAACUUUUGACAGAACUGAAUGUGACUUCACCGAGCAAAGAGGAAUGUGGGCCAUGCACAGGUACAGCUCAUGCCUCAUUAACCACACCAACCAAAAGAUCUUGUGACUCAGAUUCACAGUCGGAGGGUGAGGCUUCUCCUGUGAAACGGCCACGGCUACUGGAUGACAGUAACGACAGGCCUGAAGAAACCAGUCGAUCCAAACAGAAGAGUAGACGCCGAUGCUUCCAGUGCCAAACAAAACUGGAGCUAGUACAGCAGGAACUGGGAUCAUGUCGCUGUGGUUAUGUGUUCUGUAUGUUACAUCGCCUGCCUGAACAACAUGACUGCACGUUUGACCACAUGGGACGUGGGCGUGAGGAAGCCAUUAUGAAAAUGGUGAAACUGGAUCGGAAAGUAGGGAGAUCUUGCCAACGCAUUGGCGAAGGAUGUUCCUGAGUGCAAGACUGC